UAAAUAUAACCGCAGUGUAACUGAUUAGUAAGCACUUUACUUGCAGUGACCAUUGACGAGGGCAAACUGAGGGCAACUUGAAACUCGAGUAUCCAUAACGCCCAGUACUUCCUGACAGUGGGCUCGCUGUCAUGCAUGACGAAGACACGAUAAACUGGGAUGCACUGCGAGCUCAGAGCCUUCGUCCUGGUGGAUUCGGAGAGGACAGAACACGUGUCUGGCCUGCCCUGCUUGGAGUCCGCGUUCCGUCAGAACCUCCUCCGUAUGCAGAGGUCUCUCCAGAACUUUUUACAAAUAACAUCCCCCAUCCUGACGAGCGUCAAGUGCGUUUGGACACCGAUCGGAGCUUUGUCAUAUAUCCCGCAGACGACAACGACGAAAGUCGCCGAACUGUGUUGCAAACUUCUCUCAACAGUUUAAUUGUUUCCAUCCUCCGAAAGCGUCGAAAGCUGCACUAUUUCCAAGGAUACCAUGAUAUUGUUACUGUUGUCUUUUUAACUCUUCCACCGGAGCUUCAGCUCCCUUGUGUAGAAAAGCUUUCCCUCCAUCGGUUGAGGGACUCUAUGGGACCCACGUUAGAACCGGUAUUAGGACUUCUCCGGAUCGCGCGUAAUCUUCUGCGUAUUAUCGACCCUAAAUAUGCGAUGCUGCUUGAGAGCAUUGCACCCCUGCCGUUCCAUGCCCUUUCAAACCUUCUCACCCUCUUCUCACACGAGGUACCCACUCUACCUCUUAUUCAGCAUGUCUGGGACUUCCUGCUUUGCCGAGAGCCUUUGGCGGUAGUAUGGCUAGCCGUAGCUGUCAUUCUCGUUCGAAAGCCCGACGUUCUUCAGUUAGCUGUAGAAGACGAGGAUGGGAUGAUACAUUCAGUUUUGAAUGCUCUGCCUUCACUCAGUGACGAUUCCGAAACAGCAAACCACGUUCUCUCCGAUCAGGUUAUUCGAUCAGGAUCACCGGAUGAGGAAAACGAAGUCACCUUCAACACAGAGGAGACGAAGCGGCUUUCAGAUACACCCGACGAAAACACGAACGAGCUUUCUACAGGACAACAACAAAUGAUCGAACAACAGCCGGUCCCUCGUUUGACAGAGAAUGGAGUGCCCAAGAAUAUCAUCGAUGGUCAAGUCCUGGUCCCACCCAACCCACCGUUUUUUUCUAAACCGACAUCGCCACGUACAUCGCGUUCUAGUUCUCGCACUGCGUCCCGUUCAUCAUCAUCAUCACCACCUCAAAAAUCCUGCCGGUCUCCAAUUUCACUUACGUCCCUUCUAACACACGCUGCACAGCUCCUUGAAGCUUAUCCUCCCACCCUUCCCGAGCUUUGCGUUAAGGACAUACUUGGGCCUAAGAGCGUUGUGCACACGUGGAGACCUCCUCAAGAUGGUUUCUCCACACAAUGGGAUAAUGAACGUGAUGACGAGGCAGAGAGCUGGGUCGGGAGCCCUGAUGUUGUUAUUCCGUUUAUAGAAGAUGAAGAUAUUGAGGAGAACGAAAAUAAGCGAAAGACGAAGUCACGCAAAGGUCCUGUCACAAGGGACCGGAGAUUCGUUCUCUUACACCGCCUGCGUCUUCGGUUCGGACUACUCACUUUCACGGAGAAACGGAUCCUUCUGUUAGGUGCGAUAGCGGUAGUUGGCCUUGCCGUUGCCCUUCGUCACAACAGGAGCUUUUCUGAGACGAGGAAAGGGUGGAUGGCAUGGGCAUGGGCAUUCGGCGGUGCAAUUCGGUUUAGAACUGUGGAAUGAACCAGACUAUUAUCUAUGCAUUGUAUCACCGAAUAACUUGACAUUUUUAUGGAACAUUUAUUGAGUCUUCGAAUGUUAGAACUCUAUUGCAGGCGCAUUCUGAUCGAUUCAUGCGACAAAGUCUUUAUUUGGUAUAGAUUUACCAUUAUGGACAGCAUUAACAUUCACUGGUGAGGCAAGGCAUCGACCACAGCAGCCAUUUCGAAAAGAAACCGUUCCUUUCCACACUUUUACAAUCAAUGAUAAUAAUCAGCAUCAACAGGCAGUUGAGCUAUACCGGCUAUCGAGUAUGGAUAAUUCAACGUCGAGUUGAAGAACGA